GAGCUCGCCUUCUCCCCUCCGGCCUUGUGGACAGCAGAUGUAGCGUAAGACCGACCCGAUCCGAUCCGCAGCAGAUAUGAAACCUUCUGUCGGUUUGAGAAUACCUCAAUGGGCAGCAGGGUGGGCGUUCAACCUGGGCCUCCUGCUGGUUGUGUUGACCCUGCCGGCCCUGUGUGACGACAGCUCGAGCUCUGAGCUGCACUCUAUCGGCACGGACGCGUCGGGCGGCAAGGCGUCGCUUCGUUCGUCAGUCAAGUUCUACGAGUGGAACCCGAGCACCGAGGACAUGAUCAAGCGGCACCGCAUCAAGACCCUCAUGCUGCUCUUUGCCGACAAGGGCCAGGCCUCCCACUGGGAGGGCUGCUACCAGGCCCUGCAGCACGCAGCCAACAUCCACAAGAAGCGCGACAUCCUCCACGUCGCCGUGCCCGUCGAGUUCAUCCAGCCCUUUCAGUUCUUCCUGGGAGACGACCCCGAGAACGACGCCCCAUUCGCUGUCAUUGUCGAGGUCAACAACGGCUUCAAGAAGUACCGCCUGACGGCCGACUCCGCCAAGGGUGGGAGCAUCAUCUCGGGCGGGGGCGGCAACCCCGUGUGCAGCAACAAGGCGCUAGAGCGGUAUGAGAAGAGCUACUUCGACGGGAAGCUGACGCCGUGGCUGCGGAGCGAGGAGCCUUAUGAGGACGAGGGGGGCGGGGCGCUCAAGCCGCUCGUCGGGGCGCACUUCGAGCAGAAAGUCAUCAAAGCCAAAAAGGACGUUGCCGUCUUCUUCUAUGCCCCAUGGUGAGGGAGUGCGCGGCACGCAGUGGUGGGUGGGUGGGUGGGUGGGUGGGGAAAGCCUGGCUGUCUGCAUGUCUGUAUCUGUGUCUGUGUCUGUGUCUGUGUGUGUGUGUUUGUGCAGGUGCGGCCACUGCAAGCGUUUCGAGCCGCGUUUCAGCGAGCUGGCCGACAAACAUCGCAAUGUGGAAUCGCUCAUAUUCUACAAAAUCGAUAUCACCAAGAACGGUGAGGGCAGGGGAGGGCGGCCGCAACACACACACACAGGUCCUACGGCUGCCUGUCCUGUGUGUGUGCCUGUGUGUGUGGAUGUGCCCUCGUCCGUCAGACGUUGUGCACAAGGGCGUCAAGGUGGAUCGAGUGCCGUAUGUGCGGCUCUUCCCGGCCAACGAUAAGGACACUCCACGAGUGUUCGAACACUCAAGGCCGGUACGUACGUCAGCACACCACACACACAUACAGGGAGAGAUGCACCGCACCUAUCAGUCCUGGGUGUGUAUGUGUGCGUGUGAACAUAUUGAUUUGAUUGCAGGAUGUAGUGGGCUACGGCAGUGACUUUCUCUCCAAGAACGCGGACAUCAAGUUCGAUCUCGCCAAGGCCAACGAGGCGGCCGCGGCCAAACACAACGGCAGCGAACUGCUCAUCGAACUCUAGACAGACAGACAGACAUACAAUGAAUGCGGCCGGGCAGGUCGAUCCCCACCCGCCCCCCACCCCAUCCCACCCCAUUCCAUGACCCAUCCAUGCCGCAUCCUGUCUGUCUGACUGCCUGCUCGACUGCUUGAUCGGCUCACUCACUCACCCAUCUCAUCCAUCCAUCCACUCACCAUCCAUCCAUUCACCCGUUGGUGUUAUCGAUCGUACUACAGCUGUUGGUCUGGUUGGCUCCUUCCCCUUCUGGCUUGCCUGUUUUGCUCGACUUGCUCUGCUGGCACUGCCUCCUGCUGCCUGUGUGGAGUCGAUCGCUCUCCGUGGUGCGGUGUGGGGGGGUGGGGGGCGGUGUUGGGUGGGUGCGUGGCCGACAAUGACCUACUUCGCGUACACACACUUGCUCCGUUGCUUCCUUGCUGCUGUCUCGCGGGCUGCGGGCUGUGCCGUGCCGUGCUGCAUAUGUGUCGUGAGCGUCUUGUUCGUGGCCGGCUGGACAGACCGACAGACAGAGAGAGAGAGAGAGAGGGACCGUUGAGUUGAGUGAGUGACUCGCCAAUCGAAGUGCCACCGGUGCGUUGGUGCGUUGAUGCCUGGCCGUUCGCGGCGACGUGUGCGCCGCUCAUUGAUGUGCAUGUGUGUGUGCGUGUGUGAGUGUGCGUGUGAGUGAGGGUAUUUAUGUGUGUUUUGUGUAUAGCUAGCUACCUACCUAUGACUUACAACCUGAUAGACAGAAAGAAAGAAAGACAGACACACAGGCAGGCAGGCAGACACACAGGCAGCCAGGCGCACUCCGCUCAGCCAAGAAGGAUGACCUGACGUGGCCUGAUGUGAGCUGUGACCUGUCACGGACAGAUAGAUGCUGGUCGCGCUAAUGCCUGGUGGGCCACCUGUCUCCCUGCCUACUGGCGGCCGGUAGGUACUGGUUUGGUUUGGUUGGGGCGGGGCGACCGAUCUGCCUCUACUGGCUCAUUGGGAGUUGGGAGAGGUUUUGGAGACAGACAGACAGACGGACGGACAUCGAGUGUUUCUUCGCACGGCACGUGUCUGUAAUUAGUGUGGGUAUGGUAUGGCCGCUCUGCAUGUCAUGUGUGUCUGUGUGUGUGGUGUGUAUGUUUGUGUAUGUAUGUUGGACAGAGAACACCACAGCACAGCACUGCCAGCAGAGGCGUGCUCUCAG